ACAGUAUUGGGCUGUCGGCUAUUUAAAACGGUUCAUCGGUGCUCAUCGUCUGUGUGUUCAAAUCCUCGACCGAAAUGAGAAGCUUCAUCGUCGCCGCUCUCUUCGCGAGCUUGUGCGUUGUGCACUGCCAGGAUCUGUACGGAGAUUUGGCGCAACCCUCACCGUACCAAUUCGGCUACACAGCGACCAGCGAGGAGGGUUCACAUGGUCAUUCCGAGACUUUCGAUGGAACGCAACGCGCCGAGGGAUCCUACUUCUUGAAAUUGGCUGAUGGCCGCGAGAGGACUGUCACUUAUACUGCCGAUGAGAACGGUUUCCAUCCGGAAAUUCAAACAAACGAAUUGGGAACCGAAUCGAAGAACCCCGGAGGCGCCCUGUACAAGUCCUCCGCUCCAACCGGACCUGACGCUGCAAUCCAAGCUGAUUCUCAAGCCCGUCAAUGAUAGCAAUGAUAAGAAAAACCCGGAUCUGUGAGCCCGCGAUGUGAAACACCGUCUCGAGUCCCCAACAACCCUCCUGUGAUUUCCGAGUAAAGCGUGCGGAGCAGUUCAUCAGAUAUUCUGAGAAUGAGAAUCGACUGCUCGGCGUGGUAAAAUUGACAUGUUAUCUUUGCUCUAAUAUAAGAGCUGCCUGGAAUUGAAUAAACGCUGACUCGAUGAACUU